AUGUCCACCACACCACCCAAAACCGGCCUGCCCACCACCCGCCGCCUACACACCCCAAACUUCUCCACAACCCCUCUCCACGCAGAAGCCCUGUCAAACAUCUACGCCCCCAUCAGCAAAGACCUUUUCCUCUCCAAACCUCCCUCCUGGAAAACAGACUCCGUCGCGUCGCCCCCAAAAUGGAAGGGCGAAAAACACAUUUUCAAAGACUCCGCUUACUACACCCUCGACCCCCGCGGCAUACUCCCCUCUAAGAAGAUGCAAGCAGCGGGCCUUGUCGAAAUGCCCUUCCAAGCCCCCUCCACCUUCCCCCGCCUUCUCAUACGCCCGACGGAAUACCGCGACGGCCCCGUAUACCCUCAGUUUGGGGAUUUCCGCAUCGAUAAAUUGGUUCGAACGGAGAAAGAAGGAGAGACGGCAAGGCAAGAUUCAGAGGGCGGUGGAGAGGAAGAGGAGGUGUGA